AUGAACAAGACCCAGUUUUACCUUUCCCAGUGUGCCGAGGCCGCGUCGAAGAGCCACAUGUGCUUCACUCUCGGGGCCAUCAUGGUCAAGGGUGGCAAAGUUAUGUCCUCCGGAUACAACCACCACCGGCCGCACUACGACGGAUCGGACGUGAGGACGCAUGGGCACCGGAAGCCGGUAUCGAUGCACGCGGAGAUGCACGCGAUCUUCAGCUUCACUGGCAUGUCCCCCUCGUUCAAGACGCAGGUUCAAGGCUUGGAGCGUCGGGGUCAAAAGGGGCUGCGGGCCCCGAAGACCACCCUUCUGGGCCCACCACCUUCUCCGACGAUCUCGUUGAGCGCCACGACGAGUCCGUCCCCUCCACCAACUUCUACCUGUAAGGGUUCGGUGAAGGGGAAGAGCAAGCAGCGGCCACGUACUUCGAGCCGGCAUUCCUCUCCCUCAAGGUUGAGUGGCGGCGGCGGAAGCAGUAGUGGCGAGGAGUACAGCGGGAGCGAGAGCCCCUCGCUACCUCCUGGUGGGCACUCGCGCUCCUCGACGAGCCUAUGCGGUGUACCCGUGGGCGCCACGCGGAUCAGUCCUCCAAAAGAAACGGACAAGCUCUGGGACUCGAGGCGGCGCGACUCACGUGCGAACGGCGCGGACAUCUACGUCGCGCGCUUCACGAAAAACGGCUUCGGGAGCGCGAAGCCGUGCUGGAGAUGCCUGGAGUGGUGUAGGUGGGCGGGUGUGAAGCGGAUAUUUCACUGGAAUGCGGAGGAGGGCAAGUUCGACGUGGUGAAGGUCAACAGCGCCGAGAGCGGACAGUAUGAGACGCACGCGGAUAUCCGUCUGUUUGCGGGACUGGGUUGGUGUCCGUGAACAGUGGCUUCUAGACAUGUAUUGAUCGAUAGUCUUCGGUCUGAAUACCGACGCGGCCGCGUUCGCGUUCACGCCUGUAAGUUUGAGUUUACGCACCUACUAGCUACUCACCCCGCACACUACUCCACGUCCCUGUCCAUGGACGACUGGAGUUAUCAAGGCGGGGAAAAGCGAAGCAUUAUGGGGGUAUCGAUACAGCCGAGCGACCGUCAGGGAGUCUCUCGGUUCACUACGUGCCUUACAUCUUCGUUCAUUCGCUAUCAGCUCCCUUCCACGAAUUCAUGUGUUUGCGAC